AGGUCUAUCAAUUCGUACCAAAAAACUUCAUAUUUAUUUCAUAUCACGUUGUAUGAGGGGAUUAAGCAUGAAUGAAGUUGUUUACAGUGGUUUUCCCUUUGUUAUUUAUAGAUAAUUCCGACGUUAAAAAGUUAAUAACAACAUUCGUCUGUAUAAUUCUGAAUACCGAAAAUGUUUAAUUUACAAAACCACGAAUAUUAUCGCUGAAAAAUUGGAAAACUUUUGUGUUGAACAUGUAAACAUACAAAAAAAUAUAAUUUUUCGAUUUUUUCAUGGAAUCAUAAAAGUCCGUUACUUCUUCAGAAUUGAUAUUAUAUAUUCGGUUUUCUGUAAUAUUAACGAAUAAUUCGAAUUAGAUUUUUCUCCUUGAAAUACUAGAUUUACCAGAAUUGCAGAAGGGAAAAGUACAUGUUUUGGUAGAUAAGACUUAUUGCUAAAGUGAUGUAAAAUAUUCAAAGAAUUGGAGAAUUCAAAAAUAAACAGGGGAGUAGACGUUGAGUAGCAAGAUCAUUAUCAAGCUGAAAUAGAUAGAAGAAAUCAAAGGUCCACUCGCAACUCGAAGCUGAACCACACAGAAUGUCCGGGGUAGAUUACAAAGAAGCCAGAUCCAUCUAUUAUUUCACCGUGAACGACCUGAAUGGCGAACCUGUGUCCCUGGAGAAAUACGAGGGCCACGUUUGCAUCAUCGUCAACAUCGCCAGCGAGUGCGGCCUAUCCAAGACCCACUUCGAGGAGCUGAAGGAGCUCCAUAAGCGAUACGCCGAGAGCAAGGGUUUGAGAAUUUUGGCGUUUCCUUGCAACCAAUUCGCUAGGACCGAACCCGGUGACAGAUCUAACAUCAAGCAUUACGUCAAGACGCUAAACUUACCUUUCGACGUUUUCGACAAGAUACACGUGAACGGGAAGGAUGGAUCGCCUCUGUGGAAGUAUCUGAAAUUGCAUCAAGGUGGCGUUUUGGGGGAUUUCAUCAAGUGGAACUUUACGAAGUUUAUCGUCAACAAGGAGGGGCAGCCUGUUGAAAGGUUUGGGCCUAAUACGAGCCCCAACGAGCUGGUUGAUUCGUUGAAGAAGUAUUGGUAAAUGCAACAUGUAAUUCUUCUUG